ACAGAUGGGGGAGAAGGGGUCAGCAUAAAAUGUGGCCCGGUGACCUUUAUUCAUAUUGGUUUGCUUUCUUUGAAGCUCUUAACUGCGGUUUUAAGCGCUUACAAGGACAAUUUAGGGAAAACCGACUUGGAAAUCCGGGUUUGGGCCUCUCGGCUCUUUUUUUUGAGAGGCUCAAAGGGAAUGUUAAAUGUGCCUCGCACGUGUAAUUCGAAGAUCCAAGUUUGCAAUUGGCGCUUUCCCUUUUUCGUCUUGACUUAACGAUCUUCCUUACAGGAAGCUCUUUGCAUUAAACCUGGGUCUGGCUGGGACUGCUUCGGAUUCGGGGCAGGAGGAUCCUAUAUCUAAAUACAGGAAGAAAGAACUACUAAAAAGAAAACGGGAAUUGUACAACAUUAAAACGGAAUGUCUUCACAAUCUAGCUGGUUGAGCACGGAAGAAAGGAACCAAGCUUUGUAUGAUCUUAAAGCUGCUGGCUGGUCUGAACUCACUGAAAGAGAUGCUAUAUUCAGAGAAUUCAUAUUCAAAACUUUUAAUCAGGCCUUUGGUUUUAUGACUCGGGUAGCUCUUCAAGCUGAAAAGAUGAAUCAUCAUCCUGAAUGGUUUAAUGUGUACAACAAGGUCCAGAUAACGCUCAUUUCCCAUGACUGUGGUGGCCUGACAAAGCGAGAUGUCAAGCUGGCUCAAUUUAUUGACAAAGCUGCUGCGUCUUGUCUAACAACUGGGUGCUAAAGUAAUAAUUAAAAAAAAAUCUACAAUUUGUUUAUUUAGUCUUCACUCUUAAAAAAGGUUAAUCCUCAAAUUUCCCCAUUCUUGUAGAAGCUUUUGCAUAGAUACAUAACGUUUUUUAUCAAGUAGGUAAAAUGCUAGAAUUGCUGCAUUAAAAAGUUAAUUGUCUAUUCUAUGUAUUGGUGACGAUUCUCCUGUGGUCAUCUGUCUUCAGUAACACUGACCAUUUGGGCAGGAAUUCCUCCAAAGAAGAAUGUUCAAAGUACCAGUGAUUUGGGCUUAUUAGUAGGUCAGUCUUGCAUUUUAUGUACCCUGUGUUGUAUAUUGUAUUUUAGAUUCUAUAGACAUUGACACAGUUCCAUUAGAACACUAGAGCCUGAAUUUUUUCUCAUUAAUUAAUGGGAGGAGGCUCCAGUGACCCUAUAUUAAUAUACCGAGGAAUAUAACUGAGAGAAAAAUCUCCCUUGCUGUGGAUGUACUGGUUUAAACUUUCAAGUAUUCUCUGUGUGACAAAAAUCAUGUAAUAUUCUUGGAAAUCUUGGUCAGCAUAAUACAAUAAUCACAAUGAUUAUUAAAAAAACCACCUGGUUAUUCUUUAUAUUGAGCUAAGCAUAUUUGUCAUAUUGAUUCCAUAUGCUUUCAACUUUAGAGUAGAUCCAAGGGGGAUUCCCUCUCUCCUGUUUCCUGAGGCACAGAUCUGGCUCUUUCUAGACAAAUAAAACUUGAUGCAGCAUAUUGUGCUAAAAAGCCAGAUUCUCCCUGAAUUUAUUCCCUUUCUUGACGAUUGAUCACACUAAUUGGAGAACGGUGUUCCAAUCUCCUUGAGGGCAGCAGUUGGAGAAAAAUGGUCUGAGCCAACUUUGAAGCUCCUUCCAGACACAAGAGCAGUAGAAACAAGGCUUAAGAGUAGAUCAAAAGUCUGACUUACUGAACAACCUACAGAUCUGGAGGAGGAAUAGGAUGAAAAAAGACUAUUUUUCAAGUUUAUUGUAGGUACACACAUUUAUAAUUAAAACUAAACAAAUCUUAUUUAUUAUGGCAAAAUAACAGGGAGGUAUAAUUUCUUUGUUAUGUUUAUUUAAGCCAAAAUUCAACUAUUAAUAAGACAGUUUAGAGCCAAAAAUUGAUAAUGGUAAAACAGAUUCUUAACCUCUCUGAUUCAAUAAAUGCCAUUUCUUUCUCCUA